AUGGUUUCAUCACCCAAAAGAAAAGGUGUCUCUAAGAAGACAAAGCAAAGUCCAAGACAAAGAGGUAGCCAGACACCCUUAAAGCCAGGGGGUUCCAUUGGUGAUCCUAUUAAACCAUCACAGGAAGGUCUGUCAACAACUUUGGCAAAAGAAACAAAAAUCUGUGAGAGGCAAAACACUGCAAAAGCUAGACCAAUUUUCGAGGGGUACUGCCCAAGUUGUCAAAUGCCAUUUUCUUUAUUGUUGAUACAGACACCUCAGUGGCAUGUUACAGAAUGUUUGGAUGCCUCAGGGACUGCUGAGAAAGAAUGUCCUGAUGGCAUUUUGUGCUCUUCAGUUAUUCCUUCUCAUUACAAAUGCUACAGCCAUUUCCAACUUGCAGCAAGUAGAGCACAGGACUCUACCUUGGCAUCCUCCUUAUCUAGUGCAGAAAAUAAUUUCAUUAGACCUGGUGCUGCUUUACAUAAUGAAUUCAGUUGUAGAGUAUUACAGGAUGGGAAGGUUCCUCAGAAUAUGGAAAAAUCAAAACAGUUUCUUCUAUCACCACAACUGAGUUCAAUGACUAUGGAUUCCAUCAAUAUAACUAACAUCAUGUCUUCAUCUUUGGGAAAUAUUAACGAAUCUGAACAUACAAUACAGCAUAUAGAUGAAACAAAGCAAUCUGAAUGCCUUAAUCCUUUUUCUGAAGAAACUGAAAGAACUGAGAAGUUAAACAGUCAACUUUGCUCUUUUCAACAGAAUACCUCUCUCUCAGAUGCUGAUAUGAAUGAUAGUGACAUUUCCUAUUCCCCACUUUAUACUGAUGAAAAUGCUGUAGAAUUAGAUGAGGCAGAUAAGGAAGAAGUGGAGAGAAAGGGAGAGAUAACAUGUAAAAAAAAUCUAUUGGAUACCAGAAAUUUGGAAAGCCAAAGUAGAAUUGUUGGAAGUUUAUCUAAUAGAUCGCAGCAGAUACAAUUUCAACAUAAGAGUGUUAAAAGGAUGCAAGAUGGAACAACGAUAAAUGAAUCCUCUAAAAUUUUACCAGCAAGUGUGAAUGGAAUAUCUAAGGCUCUCCCACAAGAAAGCAUUCAUAAUAGCACUGACUGUUCAGCAAGGUUUCUUGAUCAGACGAAAUGUCCCAUAGGAGAUUUCAAUAAUUUAGAUGUUAAAGCUAAGACUAUUAUUAACACAUGCGGAAAUAGAGCGCUUCAGAGCAAUUUGUGUUCAAUGAAAGAAAAAAAGGAAACGGAGCCGGUUCCUGCUACAAACACUAAGAUCCAAAUCACUCCUCCCAAACGCCUAAAACAAAUGGACAUUGGUGUUUUCUUUGGGUUGCAACCAAAAGUAAAAAGUGAGACUACCCCAAAGAAAAAUAUUUCUGAAGAAAGAGCGAUUGUGAAUCCAUCAGCUGCAAAUGGAAACAAGCUCAUAUCUCGAAAGAGGAAGGCUGAAGGAUCAAUAGGAGACGCUGAUACAAUCACAAAAAGUUCAAGCAUUAAGUAUGACACCAGAGCAGAUAAUAUUUCUGGUGGUCAGAGAAGAUAUAAAAAAAGAUACAGAGAGUCAUAUCCUGGUGAGGAUGGAAUAAAAAAGCAGUGUCCUUUUUAUAAGAAGAUACCAGGCACAGGUUUUGUAGUAGAUGCAUUCCAGUAUGGAAAGAUUGAAGGUUGCAGUGCUUAUUUCCUUACCCACUUCCAUUCUGAUCAUUAUGGUGGCCUAACUAAAAAGUUUACAUUUCCAAUAUACUGCAAUAAGAUAACUGGAAACUUAGUAAAGAAUAAACUGAGAGUGCAAGAACAAUAUGUCCAUAUCCUGCCAAUGGAUAGAGAAUGUAUAAUAGAUGGCAUCAAAGUAGUGUUGGUUGAUGCUAAUCAUUGUCCUGGUGCUGCAAUGAUUCUUUUCUGUCUUCCAAAUGGGACUGUAAUAUUGCAUACAGGCGAUUUUAGGGCAGAUCCUUCUAUGGAACGCUGUCCUUUCCUAAAUGGUUGGAGAGUUCAUACUGUUUACUUGGACACAACGUAUUGUAGUCCUGAAUAUACUUUUCCUUCCCAGCAAGAAGUGAUUCAAUUUGCUGUCAAUACUGCAUUUGAACGAGUGACUUUAAAUCCACGAACAUUAGUUGUUUGUGGAACAUAUUCUGUUGGAAAAGAAAAAGUUUUUCUAGCUAUUGCUGAAGUCUUGGGCUCAAAAGUAAGCAUGUCUCAGGAGAAAUAUAAAACACUUCAGUGCUUAGAAUCGGCAAUGAUAAAUUCCCUCAUCACUUUGAACUGGAAUAAUACUUGCCUGCAUCUUCUGCCCAUGAUGCAGAUUAAUUUUAAGAAUUUGCAGAAUCAUUUGAAUAAGUUCUCUGAGAAAUUUGAUCAUAUUUUGGCUUUUAAACCCACCGGGUGGACAUAUUCAGAUGGAUGUUGUUCUUUGGGUGAUAUCCAACCUCAGACAAGAGGAAAUAUCACUAUAUAUGGGAUUCCUUACAGUGAGCACAGCAGUUUCCUUGAAAUGAAACGAUUUAUUCAGUGGCUGAAACCUCAGAAAAUUAUCCCUACUGUAAAUGUAGGAAACUGGAAAGUUAGACAUGAAAUGGAAAAGUAUUUCAGGGCCUGGAAGAUGGAAGUUGCAGAAUGGAAUUAGGAAAGUAGGAUUUUUAUUACAAUAAUUAUAUGCCUUCUGAUCAAUUUUCUGCAUUGUUUUUUGACUCUGAUUUACAUGGAAACAAUGUAGGUAUAUAGAAACAAACAUCUUCUGUGUGAACAGAAGAUGCUGUAUUUGCAGAAUGUACAGCAUCCAGAAGAAAUGAAAA